AUGCGCGCCGUCUUCGCCAUCGUCUCCCUCCUCGCCGCCACCGCCCUCGCCGUCCGCUUCAACGGUCCCUGCACCGACACCAACUGCGGCAAAACCAGCGUCAACUGCGAGGCCGAGGGCCGCAUCUGCGUCGGCUUCUCCAGCGUCGACCCCAAGGAGCGCAUCGGAUGCACCUGCAGCAUCACCAACAUUCUUAUGGUUUUCCAUCUUUGGAAGGCUUAG